AUGACUACCAACGGCACCAACGGCACCAAUGGUGUCCAUGAGACGCCUGCUCCCUCACUGCACGUCGUGGACAGCCGCACCGGUCAAUACUAUGAGAUCCCCAUUGUGCACAAUGCCAUCCACGCCAGCGAAUUCAAACGCAUCAAAGCCCCCGUCAACCAGGACUACUACCCGGACCAGACGGAGAACGGCAUCCGCGUCUUUGACCCGGGCUUUUCCAACACGGCUGUCAAGGAAAGCAAAAUCACCUACAUCGAUGGCACCAAGGGCAUCAUUCAAUACCGGGGCUACUCGAUCGACGACAUUAUCAGCCAAGGGAAAUCCUUCAUUGACACCGUCCAUCUACUCGUUUGGGGGCACUGGCCUUCCCCUAUUGAAGCCAAGAAACUGCAAAUUCGUAUCGCCGACGCCAUGACUCUUGAUGGAAGUGUAUACCAAGUCAUCCGCUCAUUCCCUCCCUCCGGCUCCAUCAUGGGCAUGAUCAUCGCGGGUCUUUCUGCCCUCCAAUCCACGCAAAUGGACACUGUUCCAGCGCACGCUGCCAAGAAUCUAUAUCUCGGCAACCCAGACGCUGUCGAUGAGCAAAUCAUCACCGUCCUGGCGGCCCUGCCCAUGAUCAGCGCCAUCGCCUACUGUCACCAUCUGAACCGGCCCUUCACCCCACCCCGCCGCGACCUGUCCUACAUCGAGAACCUGUUCCUCAUGACCGGCCACGUCGACCCCAAGACUUCUCUCCCUAAUCCCCGCUACGUGGGCUACUUUGAGCGCCUCUGGGUUUUGAUCGCUGACCACGAAAUGACCUGCUCCACGGCCGCCAUGCUCCAGACCGCAUCCUCCCUCCCAGAUGCCAUCUCAUGUCUCAUCUCCGCCAUCAGCGCCAUGUACGGGCCCCUCCACGGCGGUGCCAUCGAGGUGGCCUACCGCGAUAUAGCAGCCAUUGGCUCAGUUGAUGCCUGCAAGGACAAGAUCGAGCGGGUCAAAUCCGGCAAGGAGCGUCUCUACGGGUACGGGCAUCGGGUGUACCGGGUGACGGAUCCCCGGGCCGUGCACAUUCAAGCCGUGUUGUCCGAACUCCAGGAAGAAAUCGCACAGGAUCCCUUGCUCAAGGUGGCGUUUGAGCUGAACCGUCUGGCUGCAGACGAUGAAUACUUCGUGAAGAGAAAGUUGAAGCCCAAUGCGGAUUUGUUUGCGGCGUUUACGUAUGGCGCGAUGGGCUUCCCGGAGGAGUUUAUUCUGCCGAUUUCGAUUGUGUCGCGGACGCAGGGAUUCUUGGCGCAUUGGAAGGAGGCGAUGGGUGGGACAGCACGGAUUUGGAGGCCUGGACAGGUGUAUGUGGGGGAGGUGGAUCGGAAGUUUUAG